AUGGCCGUGAGCGCGGCGGCCCCCCCCGCCGCCGAGCCGCUGCCCCGCAGCAUCUUCAAGAAGUUCCUGGUGAUGCUCUGCUCCCUGCUCAUGUCCCUCUACGUCUUCUACUGCCUGGCCGACCGCUGCCAGACGCUGCCCGGGCCCAUCAUCGCCGCGGGCGCCGCCUCGGAGGAGGAGGAGGGCGGCGGCGGAGGGUUGCUGGGGGGCUCGGCCGAGCUGCCCCCCUGGCAGGCGGCAGCGGCGCGGCGCAAGCGGCUCCUGCAGCGGCUGAAGCAGCGGCGGCGAAGGCAGGAGGCGGCGCCGGGCGCGGAGGUGCCGGGCGGGGGCGGCGGGAGCCGGGCCGGCGGCUCGGGCGGCGGGGGAGGCACGGCCGGCACCCUGACCCUGCUGCUGGGCGAGGGCAGCAAGCGGCUGCCGCAGGCCAUCAUCAUCGGCGUCAAGAAAGGGGGGACGCGGGCGCUGCUGGAGUUCCUGCGGGUGCACCCCGACGUGCGCGCCGUGGGCGCAGAGCCCCACUUCUUCGAUCGCAACUACGAGCGGGGACUCGCCUGGUACAGGGACCUGAUGCCCAGGACGCUGGAGGGGCAGAUCACCAUGGAGAAGACCCCCAGCUACUUCGUCACCAAGGAGGCCCCAGCCCGCAUCUCCUCCAUGUCCAAGGGCACGAAGCUCAUCGUGGUGGUGCGGGACCCCGUGACCAGAGCCAUCUCGGACUACACCCAGACGCUCUCCAAGAAGCCCGACAUCCCCACCUUUGAGAGCCUGACCUUCAAAAACAGGACUACGGGCCUGAUCGACACCUCGUGGAGCGCCAUCCAGAUUGGCAUCUACGCCAAGCACCUGGAGAACUGGCUCCUCUACUUCCCCAUCGGGCAGAUCCUCUUCGUCAGCGGGGAGAGGCUGAUCAGCGACCCCGCGGGGGAGCUGGGCAGGGUCCAGGACUUUCUGGGCCUCAAGAGGAUCAUCACCGACAAACACUUCUACUUCAACAAAACCAAGGGGUUCCCGUGCCUGAAGAAGGCGGAAGGCAGCAGCAAACCCCACUGCCUGGGGAAGACCAAAGGCAGGACCCACCCCGACAUCGACCAGGAGGUGGUGCAGAGGCUGCGGGACUUCUACCGGCCCUUCAACAUGAAGUUCUACCAGAUGACGGGGCAGGACUUUGGCUGGGACUGAGGCUGAAAAAAAAAAAUAAUUUAAGAAAAGGAAAAUAUAAUAUAAUAUAUAUAUUUUUUUUACGUAUCAGUAGAGAGGGGCGAAAUACAGAAAAAAAAAAAUAAUAGUUGUGCUGAAACAUGAUUUGCUCUGAUUUAUUCUUUUCUUUUAUCGCUGCUUUGGUUUCUUGCUUCUCUCAGAGAAGAGGUGAUGUGUCCACCCACAAAAAGGAGGUUGUGAAGAGCAACCUGGUCCUGCCGACAUCACCUGCAGCUUGGCUGCUUCCUUCCAUGG